AUGUUUGUCCGCGAGACGCGUAGCAGCACGGCCGUCCCCGACCGCCAGAAGGAUCUCCCUGUUGUGGUUUUCGCAUCUCGAAAAUCCAAGACGAACGCGACCAACAGGCUGACCCACCAAUUCUUGGCCCGUCACAUCAACUUCGCGCUCUGCGGCGUUGGUGGCCUUUUUCUGUGGAUCCAUUUCGUCUACGACCUCGUGCCACUGCGAUUCGGCACGGACAUCGUUCCGCCACUGGACUUCAGCGACCCCCUCCAGUGGUCAAAGAAGCACAUUUUUUUUCCAUUGAGGCACGGAAGGGAACAACUGCAGGAAGAGCUUCCGUACGUGACUCACAACAACUGGAUUAAUUGGGUCAUGAACGACGUAGCUCAACCGCCCUGGCGGAUGAGCAAAAAGACCCAUGCGUUUCGCCGGUCGGGAGCCCAAGGCCUGAGUGACGAUCGCUGUCCCGACCCCGACAUCAACGCUCUCGGCGGCUGGGAACAGGGCGAGAUGCGAAAAUCCUAUGUCGUGGGAAUUCCGUUUUGGCCGGUCUUGAUGAUGGCCGGAUUCAGUGGGGAGCCGGGAGAUUACUACAUUGGCAGAGCGCACGCUAAACUCGACAACGACACCGAGUGGAAACAGUUGCAAGCCCUCUUCAAGCAGCACAUCUUCCCGAACCUCGAGUCUGAUUUGGCAAAGGUCGAGAAGUACAACAGCGACAAUCCGGAUAAGCCGCACCACUCUGGCAGAAGUUUUUUGAAGGCUCUUGCAAGCCCGGGGCGAGACAUCGUGGCACAGGACCUUGCCAUGUGGUGGUUUUACUGCCCUGAUCACGACGAGCAGUUCGACGGUAGAAGACGACCAUGCGACUGCCAGCGCCACCCGUACACGGAGAUGAAUCCGCUCUGCCGCCACCAUCUGUUCCAGAAAUGGGCCAUCAAAGUGGCAAUCAUGCACAAGGCUGGCAUUGAUCUUCGUGAAGCCAGGGGCACCUCUGCAGCCGCUGAUGCGAUCUACAAGCUCAACUCUACGCGGAAGUACCAGAAGCUCCUCGCAGAGAACAACUUGUUCCGGAUUGAAUGUGGUCAAAAGGAUCACGAGAUUGGAGAGCUGAAGAGCAAGCUCGCUGCAAGCGAGGAGAGGGAGAAAAAUACAGCCGCUGAACUCGAGCAGCUCAAACAGGAGCUGGCUGCUCUGAAGGCGCAUGCCCCGACCAGCGCUAACGCAGAGGCUGCAGGUCCAGGGACGAGCGCGUCGGCAAAGGUGGAAGCUGGUGGAGUGGCUCCGAAGCCACAAGUCAGCACUCCAGUUCGGGCAUUUUUCGACCUUGUUGUUAAACCCUGGCGGGACUCGGAGACGGUCGCAGAGGCAUGGGAACACUGGGUGAAGGUGACUUUUUUGAUGGACGGAAAGACGCUCCGCCAGCUGUCGUCCGAAAAGAGUUUCUACCCCACUUUCUCGUAUAUUGAGAAGGGAAAGAAGGACGACACUGGCGACAAAAAAAUGAAGCGGAUGAGGAACGUGAUGCUCACGGUCGAGAAGUACAGGGCUAAUGAAUCGGAGGAGGCCACCCGAGAUGCCAUUGCGAAGAUCCAGAAGGACGUGGUGGAUCAGAGUUCGAUCAGCGCUCUGGCGGAUGGCGUGAUUCUCAGAAACGAGCCACCUCCGAAGAGGGAUAAUCCCGGCAAGGACAAGACGACGGAGAACAAGCGCCGCAAGGUCGGGUACCUCUUCUUCGCCGCCGAGAUGGAAGGUGACGCGUGGGGAGAGAAGAUGUUUGGGAACGAUGUUUGGAAGGAGAUCAAGAUCGACGAGCCAAAGAAGCUGGCUAAACUGAAGAAGUAG